AUGGUUGAUUAUUCCUCAUGGAAGGUCGCUGACCUCAAGGCAGAGCUUAAAACCCGCGGAAUCCCUCAAACUGGCCUGCGUCUUAAGCAACAUUUCAUUGACAGGCUAGUUGAAGAAGAUGCUAAAACGCAACCUGAGAAAGCUUCCACCCCAGUUGAGACCCCAGUUGAGGAACCCGAACCUGAGUCUGUUGCUGAACCUGAGCCCGAGUCCGAAAUUGAGCAGCCUGAACCCGAGACUACACCUGCCCCAGUACAAGAAUCACAACCUGAACAGUCACCCGAAGAGCCUCAACAAGAAGCACCGGUAGCACCUGAAGAACCCUCAGAACCCACUCCCCCACGAGACGAAGAAAGCCCUAAGGAAGAAGACAAGUCGCCACAUGAGGAGAGUGCAGAGGAGCAACCAAAUGGAAAGCAAGGACGAGAUGAAGAUGUGGAAAUGACACAAGCCGAGCCAGUUAUCCCUGAGGACAACGUGGAAGACCAGCCGGUCGAACAAGUGCGGGAGGAAACCAAUGAGCCUGCAAAACCAGCCGAGACUUCACUACCUCCGACUAUUCAAACUUCGGAAGCCAACACCGAGCUUUCCACACCUUUGCCUAUUGAAGAAGCUUUGGAGGACAAACGCAAGCGCAAGCGUCGCAGUCAGAGUCCUGUGCCCACCCCUGAAGCGAUUGCAAACAAAAAAGCUCGAGCCCUGGAAGGAAGUCCACGAGUUAUUCUACAAGACGAUCAAGAAUCUCGUACACAAGAGAAUGAAAUCAAGGAUUCCGCCACAGAGGACCAGAAUCCGCCCGUGGUGCAGAAAGAAGCACCGACGGCACCAAAACAUGAUGCCCGUUUCAGAGGUCUAUUCGCCUCCGCUGGACCAUCGCCUGCCCAACCUACUCAGCCCGUCCGGCCGUCUCCACCCAGCCAGGAUGUCACAAUGGAGGAUGCGGUGGUGGAACCUGCCUUGCAUCCUGCGACCGCUGCCCUCUACAUUGAUGGAUUGAUGCGCCCACUGCAACCGAAUGCACUACGCAACCAUUUAGUGACUUUGGCAACCGCCCCUGGAUCUGACCCCAAGCCGGAGAUUAUCCAGGACUUCUUUCUUGAUGCGAUCAAAACACACUGCUUUGCUGGAUUCGCCGACGUCGCGGCUGCAUCGCGGGUCCGGGCUGCUCUUCAUGGUACAGUUUGGCCCAAUGAGCGCAACCGCAAAACUCUUCGAGCCGAUUUCAUUCCUGAAGCCCAAAUUAAGGAAUGGAUCCAAACUGAAGAGUCUUCACGGGAUCGGGCCGGCCCACCCGUUCGCUGGGAAGUCCGGUAUGAGCCUGGCGAGGAUGAGGUGAUUCAGGCAGUGCUUUCUGAGUCGGGACCAAAUUCACGCGCUGCGCCGCCAUCUCGCCCUCGUGAGUCUGGUUUCAAUCGCACGCCGCCAUUGGGACCGCGUGGCAGUGUUACGCAGGCUGAUCGCCGGCCGUCCAUCACCGCCCCACCCGCACCCCCGUCACGACCCGGUCAAGGCUUCAAACCUCUUGAUGAUCUGUUCGAGUCUACCACCACCAAACCCAAGCUCUAUUACUUGCGUGUCCCUCGCCAGGUUGCUGAUAAACGCUUGGACCAGUUUGACGACCUACUCAAAAAGGGAACGUUUCCCCGACGUGGGGGUGAUGACAUGCGCCGGAUCUCCUUUGAAGAUGAAGAUUAUUUUGUAGAUGGAGGUGCCGAAUAUGGUGUUAAAAAUAUGCCGCGUCGGCCCCGUGGUGGUCGUGGGGGUCGUGGGCGAGAUCAUUAA